AUGCCUCAAGCAUCAGUGACUUUGUCGCCUACGGAUGAUGUAGUUCCUUACAGAUUUGGAGAAAAAUCUGCGCAUUCACUUGCCAUGGCUGGAUUCAGACAAGUUGUGUUUAAGGCAUAUGAAGGGCUUGGUCACUAUACGGUUCCGAAAGAAAUGGAAGAGGUUGUUCACUGGCUUGCCUCAAGGCUUGGUCUUGAGGGCUCACGCUGA